AAGAAUUUCGCCAGCUCAACAUCAGCUUCCGCUUCUUCCCUCUUCUCAAACGUACUAGAUUGACUUCCCUGUCUUCUAUCUCAAUUCCUAUCAAAAUGACUUCUGAGCAGACUUUCAUUGCCAUCAAGCCCGAUGGUGUCCAGCGUGGACUCGUUGGCCCCAUCAUCUCUCGCUUCGAGAACCGUGGCUUCAAGCUCGCUGCUAUGAAGCUCACCUCCCCCUCUCGCUCUCUCCUUGAGCAGCACUACAGUGACCUUAAGGAGAAGCCUUUCUUCCCCGGCCUCGUUACCUACAUGCUCAGCGGCCCUAUCGUCGCCAUGGUCUGGGAGGGUAAGGACGUCGUCAAGACCGGCCGCACCAUCCUCGGUGCCACCAACCCCCUUGCCUCCGCCCCCGGCACCAUCCGUGGUGACUUCGCUAUCGACGUCGGCCGCAACGUCUGCCACGGCUCCGACAGUGUCGAGAGCGCCAAGAAGGAGAUCGGUCUCUGGUUCACCCCCGAGGAGAUCCAGAACUACAAGCUGAACGCUUUCGGCUGGAUCUAUGAGAAGGAAUAAAUUCCCUCAGAGUUCAUCUCUAGGAAACUGCGUCACUUAUAGCGCGAACAAUAUAGCUUUGACCGCACAGAUGCAGAGAAUAGAAUCUAUAAAAUAUAAACCCUUUCUUUAU